AUGCAGUGCUAUACGGAGCUGCUGCCCCCAUCUGGGGUCACUCAUGCAUUGGCGGUUCCUUUUCUGUCUGCUACAGCCAACAAUUUGAUCGUAGUUCGAUCAUCUCUCUUGCAGGUGUUCUCUUUGUUCCCAUCCUCUGCUCAACAGUUGGCAGAGAAUGCCGAGACCCACCCAACAACAUCAUCUCACGCUGCAGGAACAAAGCUCAUUCUGGAGAAAGAAUAUUCUCUUCCAGGAACGGUGACAGACCUGAGCAGGGUGAAAAUACUGAAUCCCAAGAGCGGUGGUGAAGCUAUUCUCAUUGCCGUCCGCAAUGCCAAGCUUAGCUUGAUUGAGUGGGAUCCCGAGCGCCAUGGCAUUUCCACCAUCUCAAUUCAUUACUAUGAGCGGGAUGACCUGACCCGGAGCCCCUGGGUGCCUGAUUUGAGCAGUUGUGGCAGUAUACUCAGCGUGGAUCCCAGCAGUCGGUGCGCGGUCUUCAACUUCGGGAUACGUAACCUCGCAAUCUUGCCUUUUCACCAAGCAGGAGAUGACCUGGUUAUGGAUGAUUAUGACUCGGAGCUUGACGGUGAACGACCAGAUCAAGUCACUGGAGCUGGAACAGAUGCCGAGAGAGCCAAGGAUGGCGCAACAUACGGAACACCCUAUGCUGCCUCCUUUGUGCUGCCAUUGACGGCCUUGGACCCUUCCUUACUGCACCCUGUCAGCCUUGCCUUUCUCUACGAAUAUAGGGAGCCGACAUUUGGAAUUCUGUACUCUCAAGUGGCGACUUCCACCCCUUUGGUUCAUGAACGAAAGGACGUGAUGUUCUACACAGUAUUCACAUUAGACCUCGAGCAAAGAGCGUCAACGACUCUCCUGUCUGUCUCACGGCUACCCAGUGACUUGUUCAAAGUAGUCGCACUCCCACCUCCCGUAGGAGGAGCACUACUUAUCGGUGCGAACGAGAUAGUGCAUGUUGAUCAAGCCGGCAAGACAAACGCCGUGGGAGUGAACGAGUUCUCGCGGCAAGUGUCUUCAUUUUCGAUGAGUGACCAAUCCGACCUGGCAUUCCGCUUAGAAGGCUGUGUCGUGGAGCGACUAGGUGGUGAUAGUGGCGAUCUACUUCUGGCCCUUGCAUCGGGAGACAUGGCGUUGAUUAGGUUCAAGCUGGAUGGUCGAUCUGUGUCGGGAAUGACGAUUCACUCCUUGCCAGCACAAGUUGGCGGAAACCUGUUAAAGUCAGCUGCUUCAUGUUCGACAUGCUUCGGUGACGGCAAUAUCUUUAUCGGCAGUGAAGAGGCAGACUCUGUCCUUCUGGAAUGGUCCCACUCAUCAGCCUCUUCCAAGAGGAAGCACGUUGCCGGUGGAGUAGACGACCUUUCAGAUGAUGAUCCGAUGGACGACGAUGAUGAUGUAUAUGAAGAUGAUCUCUAUUCCACCGCGCCAGAUCCGCGCACGACUUCUGGAAACUCUACAACUGAGUUCUACAACUUCCGCUUGAACGAUCACCUAUCUUCAAUCGGCCCCUUGCGAGACAUCACACUGGGUAAACCGUCCCAAUUCCCCAACAGUGAGAGCCAGUCGGGCAACGAGAGUGUCUCCGCCGAGUUAGAACUGGUUGCAUCACAAGGUUCCGGCAGAGCUGGUGGGCUGGUCGUCAUCAAGCGCGAGAUAGAUCCUCAGGUUGCUGUGACCCUCAAUGUUGAUGAUGCCUAUGGAGUGUGGUCGGCUACCAUCACCCAGGGAAAGAAGGGCGGCCAAUCUAAUACCAGUGAAUCAGCGGAGGAGAGUCCCUCUCGUCAAUAUGUGAUCGUCUCAUGGCCAUCAGAAGCGGACAGAGAAGUUUCGGAAGUCUUGGCAGUCGAGGGCAAAGAAUUAAAGCCCUUCAAAGCCUCUGAGUUCAAUCCCAAUGAAGAUCACACCGUCGAUAUCGGCCCGCUUGCAGACAGUACUCGUCUUGUGCAAGUUCUUCGAAAUGAAGUUCGAAGUUAUGACAUUGACUUGGGACUUGCUCAAAUCUAUCCUAUAUGGGACGAGGACACCGAUGCAGAGAGGCUCGCGGUCAGCGCGAGCUUUGCGGAUCCGUAUCUUGCGAUACUUCGUGAUGACUCUUCUCUUUUGCUUCUUCAAGCGGAUGAUAGUGGGGAUCUUGAUGAAGUGUCACUCCCGGAGGAUCUCUCAAGUCUCGAGUGGCGCUCCGCUUGUCUUUAUCGGGACAAUGGUCAAGUCUUUGGUUCGCCAGACUCAAAAUCGGCUGACACUACCGAUGGCAAUGUCAUCUUAUUCCUACUGAGUACCGACUACAAACUUUCGAUAUACAACCUUGCAGACAUGAAACUGCUGUCGAUUAUUGAUGGCGUCGACUGCUUGCAGCCUGUGUUGUCAACUGAACCUCCUCGGCGAUCCAACACCCGUGAACCCCUGAAAGAAGCCCUCGUUGCCGACCUUGGCGAUCGUUGGACCACAUUGCCAUACCUGAUCGUCCGGACAGAAAAUGACGAGCUCAUUAUUUACAAGCCAAUUGUUACCUCGACUGAGGCCGAGGGCGAAUCCCCCAAGGGCAUACGGUUCUACAGAGAUUCUAACUACAGUCUGUCCAAUGCAGUCUCCAGUGCAAACCCGGCUCUAGAUAUGCAGCAACGAGCGAGACCGCUGCGUGUCCUACCAAAUGUCUCUGGAUUCAGCACAGUCUUUAUGCCCGGAAGUUCCGCGGGAUUUAUUCUGCGAACAGCAGCUAGCUCUCCCCAUCUAGUGCGGCUUCGAGGCGAGUUCAUCCAAUGGCUAAGCGGAUUCAAUUCGGCGGCCUCUGGCUGUGAAAACGGAUUCAUCUACGUUGAUUCCGAAAGCAACAUCCGAGCCUGUCAAUUUCCUCCGAGUACUCUAUUCGACCACCCGUGGACAUUACGCAAGAUCCCAUUGGAUGAACAAGUCGACUACCUGACAUAUUCCACAUCAUCUGAAACCUAUGUUGUUGGUACCAGUCACAAUGUCGAAUUCAGGCUACCGGACAACGAUGAGUUGCACCCGGAAUGGCGCAACGAAGGGAUUACCUUUUGCCCCGAGGUUCCGCAGAGCACGAUCAAGGUGAUCAGCCCGAAGACCUGGACCGUCAUCGACGAGUAUCCCCUGGAAGCCGCAGAGCAUGUGACGGCCGUGCAGAAUGUGAACAUGGAAGUUUCGGAGAACACACACGAACGCAAGGAUCUGAUCGUUGUUGGCACAGCCAUCACAAAGGGCGAAGAUAUUCCCGCUCGCGGGUGCAUCUACGUCUUCGACGUGAUCGACGUGGUGCCAGACCCAGAGAAGCCCGAGACAGGACGUAAGCUCAAGCUCGUCGGCAAGGAGACGGUAAAGGGCGCCGUGACAGCCCUAUCCGGGAUCGGCGGACAAGGCUUUGUGAUUGUCGCGCAGGGACAAAAGUGCAUGGUUCGUGGUCUAAAGGAAGAUGGCAGUCUUCUUCCCGUGGCAUUCAUGGACAUGUCAUGCUAUGUGUCUGUCGCGAAGGAGCUCAAAGGAACUGGCAUGUGUCUCUUGGGUGAUGCUGUCAAGGGGAUUUGGUUUGCAGGCUAUUCGGAAGAACCCUAUAAAAUGACACUCUUCGGGAAAGACCCCGAGUACUUGGAGGUAGUCACAGCCGAAUUCCUCCCCGACGGAACCAAGUUGUACAUUCUCGUUGCCGACAGCGAUUGCAACCUCCAUGUGCUGCAGUACGACCCAGAAGACCCCAAAUCCUCCAAUGGCGAUCGCCUGUUACACCGCAGCAAAUUCUACACAGGCAACUUCGCCUCUCAAAUGACCCUCCUCCCACGCACGGCCGUUCCCUCAGAACUCCUAGAAGCAUCAGAUGACACGAUGGACGUCGACAGCGUCCUCGCCACGCAACAAGUCCUCAUCGCCUCGCAGAACGGAUCUCUAGCGCUAGUGACCAGCGUCUCGGAAGAGACUUACCGACGCCUAUCAGCCCUGCAGUCCCAACUAACCAAUACGAUCGAACACCCCUGUGGCCUCAACCCGCGAGCCUUCCGGGCUGUGGAGAGCGAUGGAACCGGUGGGCGGGGCAUGGUGGAUGGGAAUUUGCUGCGACAGUGGCUGAAUCUGGGGAAGCAGCGCCAGGCGGAGAUCACGGGGCGGAUCGGGGCAACAGAGUGGGAGAUCUGGGCCGAUCUGGAGACUAUCGGUGGAGACGGGUUGGGGUAUUUGUGA